GCAAGAAGAAAAAAAGAGAGGGAGAGAGAAAGGAAAGUUCCCCUUCCCCUCCUCCCUUCCCGUCAUGUCCUCUAAGCCAGAGCCGAAGGACGCCCACCAGCUCAACGGGACUGGCCCUACUCCCUCGCCCUGCUCUUCAGAUGGCCCCGGGCGAGAGCCCUUGGCCGGGACCUCAGAGUUCCUGGGGCCUGAUGGGGCCGGGGUGGAGGUGGUGGUGAUUGAGUCCCGGGCCAAUGCCAAGGGGGUCCGGGAGGAGGACGCCCUGCUGGAGAACGGGAGUCAGAGCAAUGAAAGUGAUGACGUCAGCACGGACCGGGGGCCCGCACCGCCCUCCCCGCUCAAGGAGACCUCCUUUUCCAUCGGGCUGCAAGUGCUGUUCCCCUUCCUCCUGGCAGGCUUUGGGACUGUGGCUGCUGGCAUGGUGCUGGACAUCGUGCAGCACUGGGAAGUCUUCCAGAAGGUGACAGAAGUCUUCAUCCUGGUGCCUGCGCUGCUGGGGCUUAAGGGGAACCUGGAAAUGACCCUGGCAUCGAGGCUGUCCACUGCAGCCAACAUUGGGCACAUGGACACACCCAAGGAGCUCUGGCGGAUGAUCACUGGGAACAUGGCCCUCAUCCAGGUGCAGGCCACGGUCGUGGGCUUCCUGGCAUCUAUCGCAGCCGUCGUCUUUGGCUGGAUCCCUGACGGCCACUUCAGUAUCCCGCACGCCUUCCUGCUCUGUGCUGGCAGCGUGGCCACGGCCUUCAUUGCCUCCCUGGUGUUGGGUAUGAUCAUGAUUGGAGUCAUCAUUGGCUCUCGAAAGAUUGGAAUCAACCCAGACAACGUGGCCACGCCCAUUGCCGCCAGCCUGGGUGACCUCAUCACCUUGGCACUGCUCUCAGGCAUCAGCUGGGGACUCUACCUGGAGCGGGAUGACUGGCAAUACAUCUACCCCCUGGUGUGCGCCUUCUUCGUGGCCCUGCUGCCUGUCUGGGUGGUGCUGGCCCGACGGAGCCCAGCCACAAGGGAGGUGUUGUACUCGGGCUGGGAGCCUGUCAUCAUUGCCAUGGCCAUCAGUAGCGUGGGAGGCCUCAUCUUGGACAAGACUGUCUCCGACCCCAACUUCGCAGGGAUGGCUGUCUUCACGCCUGUGAUUAAUGGUGUUGGGGGCAAUCUGGUGGCAGUGCAGGCCAGCCGCAUUUCCACCUUCCUGCACAUGAAUGGGAUGCCAGGGGAGAACUCUGAGCAAGCCCCUCGCCGCUGCCCCAGUCCUUGUACCACCUUCUUCAGUCCUGAUGUGAAUUCUCGCUCGGCCCGAGUCCUCUUCCUGCUUGUGGUUCCAGGACACCUGGUGUUCCUCUACACCAUCAGCUGUAUGCAGGGCGGGCACACCACGCUCACGUUCAUCUUCAUCCUCUUCUACAUGACAGCCGCACUGCUCCAGGUGCUGAUUCUCCUGUACAUCGCAGACUGGAUGGUGCACUGGAUGUGGGGCCGGGGCCUGGACCCGGACAACUUCUCCAUCCCGUACUUGACCGCUCUGGGGGACCUGCUUGGCACUGGGCUCCUAGCACUCAGCUUCCAUGUCCUCUGGCUCAUUGGGGACCGAGACACAGAUGUCGGGGACUAGCCUGGUCACUCAACCUUUCCUCCUACCCCUUGCACUUUCUGUUCGAAUUUUUUCUUUCGUUCUCCUUCCCCCACCCCACUCCACACUCCCACCUCUUUCUAGGACUUCACUUUGAUACUGAAUUCUCAUUAUUUUCAAUGGGAAUUUUUAUACAUUGAGCCAAGUUUGUAUAGCAAGAAUUCCGACAGGACAGAUGAACUGAGAUAAGCAGUACAAGUAGAUUUUUUGAGACAAUCACCAAGUGCAAUUUCAUGGUGGGUGCCUCCAGGUGAGGUGGGUUGGGGCAGGGGUUUCCAUCUAGGAUCUGGGGACGUUUGGUUUAGCUUUAGCAAACUCAGUCAUGGCCCUAAUGAGAAACCCUUUGUGAGUGGGCUCUGGUUUUUUUGGGUUUGUUUUUGUUUUCUCUCUUUUUUUUUCCUUUUAGAUUGAACAGAGAGAUGAGUAUCAUUUCCCUCCCCCACCCCCCCUAAAACACACACACUUUUUUCUAAAAAUGGACCAACUUCAAAGCACUAGUAAGAAGAUAGCUGCUUCUGUUCCCCUGUAACCCUAGCCCUAUCCUCGGCCCUCUGUCCCAAAAACAGUGAGGUGGACUAACCAUUCAAACUGUAUACACAUCCCUUACCCAAUUGCCUGAUAAACACCACCAACCCCUCCCUUUGAUCUUUUUCCCAUUGAUCGUCACAUCUGGGAAGAAAUGAGCAGGAGCCUGGUCUCUGUUGACCCAUGUCCACCAAUAGGUUUAACAAGAUCUACAUCCUCCCUGGGCCCAGAGGACCGAUUGUUUAUCUCUGUUCAAUCUUCGUGUCUCAUUGCCUCUCAACACCACCUUUCCCAGAGCUUGCCAGGUUGGGUUCCGAGAUUAGGGACAGGGAGCGAGUACAUGGAGGAUGGCUGGGAGGCAGAGGGCAACCAGGGGUGUUUCACUGCCACCAAGGACAUUUUAUGUGGUCACUUUAGUCUCCGUCACUUCCUGAGAUCACUCCUGCUGCCGCGCUGUGGACGGCAGGUUUCCUCUGUCUUGGCUUCUGCCCUCAUUCACCCAUUCAACAAAUAGACCGCCUCCCCGAGAGGGGCUCUUGUGCAGGCAUGGUCUGAAGCUUCCCCUGAGCAGUUGUGACGGUGCCUACCGCGUGGUAGGUACCGUGCCAGUGGCCAGGGAAACAGCUCUCCGCUCAGCUCAUUCCCCAGAUACAAAGGCCUUGCGCCCCUUCCGACCUGACGGAGAAAGUUGCCUGGCUAGAAGUGUCUGCGUCAUCAGGCCAGGUUCUGCCUCGAAUCUAAGCUCUGUGCGGUGCCGACCCCAGCGAGAGCCCCCAGCCCCGUCGCUCCAACAGCAGUUCAUUUCCCUGAACUACACUUCCUCACCUUUUCUUCCCUCCAUCUCUCCCCACCAGCCACCCGAAAGAGGAUUCAGACCUAGUAGGCUGGACGUCUCCGGCUGCCGUGCUCUUCUCUGCCCAGUGCAAGCUCCGGGGAACACUGGAGCCUCUGCAUCCGUCCCCCCCCCCCCCCCCGCCCCCGUUGCUCUGACCAGAUCAGAAAUCUGUCCACACUCGCAUGUGUGCCAAUCUGAGCGUUCGGAUGCAGGUUUUUUCCUAGCCUCUCCACGCACGGCCUCCCCAUCGACCCUCCUCUCUGUAGUGGAAAGGGCCCACCUCCAGGGGCAGGCUAGGCAGUGACCCUCGCUCCUCCCAGCCCCACGCCUCAUCCUGAGACCUUGGCUAGGACCUCCAGAGACUCCACCCACGCCACCUUCUGGAGUCUUCGAAUUGGCAGGAAUGGUAGAGGCUAUGUAGUUGGGGCCGGGGCUGGCAGAGUUCAUUAACACCAGCCCAGGCUUGUUUCUGCUCUUCCCUCAGGCCCUCUUUCAGCUUGCCCUCCACCUCCCAACACAUCUGCACACACACACACUUCUUGUACAGGCACCGAAACCAGCGCCCCUGCCCCUGAGGCUGUGCCCCCCCUGUGUUCUCCUGGAGACCUGGAGCCUCCUCCGUUGCUGAAAAAACAGGAAGGUGGGCAUGCCCCAAGCCCGAGCGUGUGAGCAGAGGGAGGACCCCGGGGUGAGAGGGAAAGAAAAUGAAGUGGACUUUCACGGAAGAUUCAUUUCUUCCCCCCUCUCCCCGAUGGCACAGACUGCAUGUACUUUUGGCCUGGCUGCACGGAGCAACAUUGGUUUACUCUUGUAUCCUUAAAAAGUUACAGAACUGUGUCUUAAGAGAAUUAUUUAUAGUUACUAUAACUGAAUUGACAAAUGUCAACGUAACUGAUAAGUUAUAUUUGGUAAAAUAAAGAGGACGUUUAUUUAGGUGGUUGCUGGUUCCUG